AGUUAAAACUCCAAUUUGGUACCUGUACUUUGGUUAAAAGCCCCUUUUUGGUCCCUCAACUUUGAAAAGCCCCUUUUUAGUCCUUUAGAUGGGUUUCUACUUCUAUUGCAUCAUUAGGCCAAUAGUUCUUUGGUUCUUCCACGCAUUCUAGUUUUUGUGGUAUGUAUAUGGGUCUUUUGGGAAGUUUUCCAAAAAUAUUUUCUUGCUUCAGUAUUUUUUUUUUUUUUCACUCAAGAGUUAAUUUCCCUAAUUAUAUGUGCUAAAUUUGCCAAAGAAAAAAAAAAUUCAUCUUUUCAGUCUGAUAUUUUCAGCUUGUUACUAGAUGGGUUUCUAUUGCACCAUUGGACCAUAGUUCUUUGGUUCUACCACAGUUCCAUGCAUUAUAGUGUGUGGGUCUUCUGGGAAGUUUUCCAAAAAUAUUUUCCUGCUUCCUUCUUUUUUUCUUUUUUUUUUCUUAGAGUUCAUUUCCCUAAUAAUAUGUCCUAAAUUUGCAAAUGUUUUUCAUUCUUUUCAGUCUGAUGUUUUCAGCUUGUUACCAGACAAUUUAUUUUAUAGUAGGCUUGCAUUUGGAUGUCAAAACCUCCAGUUAGAUUGUAGUUUGGAACUUUGGUCAAGCCCUGAAAAUUUCUAGCUUCUUCUUUAUAAUCUACUAGUAGUGUUUUGUUUCUCUUUUUGAAUUGUUUUUAUAACCUAUCUUCUCCUUUGAUAUCUUAUUUCACAUUUCAGUCCUUUAUUAUUUACAAGUUUUAAUAAAAGCCUUCUACAUGAGAGGCAUUUAAAUAUUUUUGUUGUUUUUUCUGCCAUGGCAUUUUUUGGGCUACAUAUUGCAGAUUAUUUGCAGCUGAGUUGAGGAACUUCAUGCAAUUUUGGCAAUUGUUUUCCACUCAUAGUUACUAUGGAAUUCUUUGAAUUAUGAUAACUAUACUUACUGUUUCAAAUCUUCACAUCUGAUCAACCCGAAGUAGAUUUGGCUGUUUAGAUCUAUCUUCUCCUUUCUUCUUUGUCUUAUUCAUUUUCUUCUUUUUUCUUUCUUGAGCAAUAUCAUCCAGAAAAACAAUGGGAAUAAUAUUUCAUUUAGCUACUUUUCUUUUUUAUAUUUCUUGCACUGGAUCUUUUUUCUUUUGCUUUAUAAUUUCUUUUCAUGGUUGUGUUUCAUUUGAUUUCUUUGAAACAUUAUCUUCCAUAUUUGUGGUUUAAUAAUGUUCACUUUGACUUGUUAAUGCCUCCUUUCCUUUUUUAUUCUUUCAACUUUCUGGUUUUGGACACACCAUUGAGUUGUAUUCUUAGUCUGGUCAAAGGCAGGCCAACAUGUUGGGAGUAGGGAAUUCCUGAAAAAACCCCUUGGUAUCAUGCAGAUGCCUCCUGGUUUACGAGUUCAUUGAUUUAUGAAAGCUUAGUUUUCCAUUGUCCUUCAGCUUAGUGAAAUUAUUGAAGUUACAGUUUUUGUUUCUUAAUUGAUUUAAAAUUAAUUUUAGUAGUUAUG